GUGUGUUUUUCAUACACUGCAGCAGCGGCAAUCCUUCGCGACGGCUCUGUGGCGACUUGGGGGGAGGGCCGCUUUGGCGGGGAUAGUCGGGCAGUGCACGAUCGACUACAGAAUGUGCAGCAGAUCCAAGCUACGGGCUGCAGCUUCGCAGCCAUCCUGGGCGAUGGAUCUGUGGUAACCUGGGGUGAUGAAUAUGCUGGUGGAGACAGUUCUUCUGUCCAAGAGCACUUGAAGAGCGUGCAUCAAAUUGCCGCCACCGAACGAGCAUUUGCUGCCAUACUGAGGGACGGCUCCGUCGUGACAUGGGGAGAUGCUGAUUCAGGCGGUGACAGCAGUGCUGUUCAAGAUCAGUUGAAAGAUGUUCAGAAGAUCAAGUCAAGCCUCAAUGCCUUUGCUGCGAUCUUGGGCGACGGGUCUGUGAUUUCCUGGGGCUGUGACGAUGAAGGUGGCGACUGCAGUGCCGUAGAAGGGCAGCUGAAGCAUGUCCGGCAGCUUCAGUCCUCUGCUACGGCAUUUGCAGCUAUUCGUGCUGAUGGUUCUGUGGUGACAUGGGGAGACCCCGGCAGUGGCGGCUACAGCGGGUCCGUGGAUCAUCUACUCGUGGGUGUGAAGGCGAUCAAAUCCUCGCGGGAGGCGUUCGCUGCCGUCUUAGGCGAUGGAUCGGUGGUGACGUGGGGCAAUCCCGGAUCAGGGGCUGACAGCAGCUCUGCGCAACAGCAACUGAAGUCUGUGAGGGAGAUCCAAAGCUCCCAACAU